ACAUGAACGAGCAGGGACCAAUCGGCACGGCGCUGCCGGAGAGUGCUGGCUCCUUUACACCAAGAUAGGGGGAAAAGACUGAAUAAAAAGAAACCGUGCCAGUGAGCCUGUACUGACCACAAAACCCCACGGAGGAGCCUAGAGCCGCCGCCAUUGGAUAUUUUCACCCGUUUUCUUAUUAUUCCCAUGCGUUCCUGGCUGUGGAUUAUUCUGUUUGGCACUGGGGCGGACGGAAUGGAUAAGGCCAUGGCCCUAACAUAUUGAAUAGCUCGUUGGUGGUGGGGGGGUGGAGGCGAGACGCUCACCGUGGAGACAAUUUAUGGGGCAUUGUGCGAGGAGGAAAAUGGUGGAUUAUUUGCACUGUAUCAUAAAAACCUUCCUCCGUUUGGAUAUCCUGCCAUAAGACACUGUUUGUGGCAUUUCUGUGCCUGUCUCGGCCGUGUCUACAGUAACUCAGGUCGUGUUAUAGCGGUUGGUAGGUAGGUACCCCCCCUCCAGCUCGAUCCGAACGACCUUAUCCAUUUCUAUUUUUUUUUUAUAUACAUGUAGGAUUCUUGUGUCGUUUCGACGCCUUCGCCCUCCCCUCCCUGAGAGUAACAUUUGGAAACAAUAAACUGUUGGAUUACUGAACUAUGGAUUUCACCAGCGGCAGCGGCGGCGGCGGGGCCAACGAGCUGCACAACAACCAGUUUUAUCAGUGCGAGGAGAACAAGCCUCUGCUGGGGGAGAUGUCGGAGGGGAAUAAUAACACCAAGCUGAGCGCAGGGCCGUGCAAGAGGUCCCUGCACCACUGCAGCAGCAGCGGGAUGCGAUACAAGCUGCUGCACGAGGGGGACAUCCAGGUAUGCGUGGUCAAACACCCCCGCACCUUCCUCAGCAAGAUCCUCACCUCCAAGUUCCUGCGGAGAUGGGAGCCGCACCACCUCACGCUCACAGACAGCAGCCUGACCUCGGCCACCCCCACCGGUUACAUGGAGACGUCAUUGUCCUACAGCUCUAUAGAAGACCUGCAGCUCCUUUCAUGGGACAAUGCUCCAAAGUACUGUGUCCAACUUAGCUUCCCUGGUGGCACCGUCCUCUUGCAGGUAAUGCACGUAAAAACAAGCCAGUGGCUUUAUACAGGCUGGAAGAAAAAGAUCUACAAGUACCGUAAGGUCCUGAACAACCCCAGUCGCUGGGACGUGGUGCUGAAGGAGAUCAGAGCGCUGGUGGACAUGGCUCUUACCUCACCGCUACAGGACGAGUCCAUCCACCAGGCUCCUCUGCACAUCAUCUCCACCCUGCUGGCUGAGAACUCUAAUCUCAGCACUCAGGAUCAUGAGAACAUCAUAGUGGCCAUUGCUCCUCUCCUGGAAAACAACCACCCACCACCUGACCUGUGUGAGUUCUUCUGUAAGCACUGUCGGGAGCGGCCGCGGUCGAUGGUCGUGAUUGAAGUGUUCACUCCUGUGGUCCAGAGAAUCCUCAAACAUAACAUGGAUUUUGGAAAGUGCCCUCGACUGCGUCUCUUUACUCAGGAGUACAUCCUGGCUCUCAACGAGCUGAAUGGUGGGAUGGAGGUCGUCAAGAAAUUCGUCCACAGCAUGCAUGGGCCAACAGGGCAGUGCCCUCACCCACGUGUCCUGCCAAACCUGGUGGCAGUGUGUCUCGCCGCCAUUUAUUCCUGUUAUGAGGAGUUCAUCAACAGUCGGGACAACUCCCCCAGCCUGAAGGAGAUCAGAAAUGGCUGCCAGCAGCAGAACGAACGCAAACCCCCAAUGCCGCUCCGCUUGCUGCGCCCUGAGCCUCCUACGCCGCCUCCUGCCACCCUCCUCCCCCUUUCCUCCAAUCCCAGUCCUCCUCAACCGCCUCCCCCUGCCCCCUCAAACCCCGCCCCGUCCAUUCCCAUCUCCUCCCCGACGCCCUCCCUGCCCCUCUCUCCUCCUCCCUCCGUCGUCAACUCCAGCGAGAUCCUGGUGGAGCUGGAGCGGAACAACAACUCGGCCAACGCCAGGCGGAAGGGCGGGCCGUCGGGGGGCGACAGCGAACCCAACCUCAUCGACUGUCUGCUUGUCAGCCCGGCCGUCAACACUCUCUCCAUCCAGCUGCCAGCACAGGCCGACCGAGUGCUGGGCUGCUUCGCUCUCAUCCUCAAGAUGCUGUCCGACUACGAUGACUGGAGACCUGCACUCGCCAGCCUGCUGCAGCCCAUCCCCUUCCCUAAAGAGGCCCUUGCACAUGCCAAAUUCACAAAGGAACUGAAAUAUGUUAUUCAGAGGUUUGCAGAGGACCCGAGGCAGGAGGUCCAUUCCUGCCUACUCAGUGUGCGUUCAGGUAAAGAUGGCUGGUUCCAGCUCUACAGUCCAGGAGGUGUGGCCUGUGAUGAUGAUGGAGAGCUGUUUGCCAGUAUGGUUCAUAUUUUGAUGGGCUCCUGCUAUAAGACCAAGAAGUUCCUACUCUCGCUGGCUGAAAACAAGCUGGGUCCCUGCAUGCUGCUGGCCCUACGUGGAAACCAGACCAUGGUGGAGAUCCUGUGUCUGAUGCUGGAGUACAACAUCAUUGAGAACAAAGACACCCAGCUGCAGAUCAUCUCCACCCUGGAGAGCACCCAGGUGGGACUACGCAUGUACGAGCAGCUCUGCGACCGACAGAGAGAACUCAAAGAACUGCAAAGGAAAGGAGGCCCCACCCGGCUGACUCUGCCCUCAAAGUCCACGGAUGCAGACCUGGCCCGCCUGUUGAGUUCAGGUUCUUUUGGGAACUUGGAGAACUUGAGCCUGGCCUUCACCAACGUCACCAGUGCCUGUGCCGAGCAGCUCAUCAAGCUGCCUUCACUCAAACAGCUCAACCUCUGGUCCACACAGUUUGGAGAUGCAGGGUUAAGGUUGUUAUCUGAGCAUCUGGCCUGUCUUCAGGUCUUGAACCUGUGUGAGACUCCCGUCACCGAUGCUGGUCUGCUGGCUCUCAGUUCCAUGAAGAGUCUGUGCAGUCUGAACAUGAACAGCACCAAGCUCACAGCCGACACAUAUGAGGACCUCAAGGCCAAACUGCCCAACCUGAAAGAAGUUGAUGUUCGGUACACAGAGGCCUGGUGAUCAACCACCCUCACAUGACCCUCAUACAUAACCAGACACACACAUAAAACAUGCACACACUGCACACAGGCUCAGAUACAUUACAUGAAAAUUGUGUAGUGAUGUCAUCUCCAUCGUCGCCCAUCAUUAGACCAGGAACUAUGACAUCAUCCCAGCGUGAGGAUCACCUGAUGUAACCAGAGCGUCUCUGAGGCGUUUACAUCAGAACAGGAGCCUUUAUCAGCUUCAGACGUCAUCACCAACCCCUGUAGUGACACCAUCACCAGGAAGGAACUGUCCAGUCAGCGUCACUUUUUUUCUAAAUGAGAAAUCUUUAUGGACCUCGCCGCUCCCCUUACUUCUGUCACCAAUGUUCCAAGGACCUUGUGAUCAGAGGACAUGCAAGGAGCCACUAUAUUGUGACAUAAGGACACUUUUUGUCUGUCUUUAUCUUUUGGCCUGUCUUUCAUAAUAUCGUCCCUCGGUUUUCAUAUUCAGUCGAAGUCCAGCUCUCCAGCCUUUGCCCUCACACCUCUGUGUGUCUGUGUCGUGAGGAAAACCUGAGCCUUCCUCUCUUUUUCUCUCUCUCCUGCCUUCGCACGAAGGCUGGAUACAGCAGCUCACAUUCCAGUUCUUCUCCAAUCUGAUCCACGAUGUAGCUCUCCAAACAGACAUGUCGAACUGUUAAAUCACUUCAGUCCUCACUCUCGCGCUCUUUGGCUUCAGUUUUCAGGUUCAGAUUCCGAUCUUUAAGUCUUUCAUUUGGGAAAAUGAGGUGCUACCUCUGAGAAAAGAAGAGUUGCAAGACUGUGCCUAUUCCUCCUAAACGACACGUUCACACUCAAAAAAAAAAAAAAAAAAAAAAAAAAAAAAGGUUUUUAUCAACUUGAAUGAACAUAUUUUUCCAGACAUCUGUGCUUUCAUAUAUUGUGUGUUUCUUAUAUAAAACAUAUAUAUGAAGAAAACCCCCAGUGAUGACAUUUCAGAAACAUUUCGGGAACUCUGCAGGAAAGUUUAACGGCGAUGGCAAUUUUUCAUUUGUUUUCAGUGUACAUACUGAUGAUCUCCCGUUACUAUUUAAUAGGACAGUUGUGUAGCAGUAGCUGGGUGGUCUGGGACUGCCUAAUAUUUAUAAGUUGUGUCUUUAAAGCCUCCUUUACUCUGUCUCUCCUGGAUUUUGUCCUGACAAUAAUGAAGUACACAGGCCCUGUUGUCUUUUUUGUUUUUUUGGUUUUUUUUGCAACAUACAACACAAGAAGCCAACCAAGAGGGCACCCAUACAUGGAUCUCUCUGUACCAUGCCAUGGUGGUAACGUAGACCUGUAAAGUGGACUGCAGUAAUUCUAAAGUGGACCUGUAAACAAGACCCAUCACCAGCUGAGAGUUGUAUAUUUUCAUAUCCUCUGCUAUUUUUUUUGGCUCUUUUUGAGACGGUUAUGAAAAGAAGAAAGGACACUUGCCAAACAUUGUCAUCGAGUUAAAUUUUUGUUUUGUGCACUUGUCUCUUCAGGCCAACAUGAGUGUGGUCGAGUUUAUCAAGUGGAACCUGUUAUGAACUGCCUGUGGAGGGACACUGACACUGUUUGGGUUCACGUCUCUGACCCCCCUGCUGAGGUCAGGGUGAAGAGUCACAGUGCCUCUAGUCUUGUGGAUGAGUUGCCUAUUGUUAUCUUUCUGUCACACCACCUGUUUUGAAUUGUUCUGCUGUAUUUAUAUUUCGCCAUAAUACAUGGGUGACAUUUUUAGGCUGUUGGGAUGAGUCAUUCUCAUCAAAGGAUGGGAUGAAAUUAUUGUACAUAUUCUUUCACAAUGGGCUGUAAGUGACAAAAGAUUGGAGGAAAAAAAAGGCAUCUUUCAGCCAUAUUUGCCCGAUUACAUUCCCUCAAAAUGUUGCCUGUUUAUUGUGGCAACAUUUCAUAUGAUGUGGUAACUGCCCUGGCACACUUCAAGUCUGUCAGAAUCUCUUUUUGCUCACUGUCUAGAUGUGGUUUGGGCUGCUUUCUUUUGUGCCAGCAACCCUAGAAAACACAAGUCAGAUUUCCACCUUUUUUCCAGUCAGCCUUGCUCUGACUGAUCCAUCCAUUUUAUUUAUUCGUGUCAACCUCCAGAUUGCUCGGGCUGUUUGUUGAAUCGAGGCAGAAGCUGCAGCAGAGGACAGGAUGCCGUCCGCUAUGAGAUGCUUUGUUUUCUAUUUAUUGGGUGCCAUGACAGUUUUCUGUUUGGCCUGUAGACUCAGUUUGUGUACGGCCAUCUUUGGGUCUGGCUUUAGGACCCCAAGCUCUCUUUCAUAUCCUGUAAGAUGUAUAUACGAGUGUAUAUAGUCGUCUCCUCCUUUCCUCUCUUUGAACCAUUUUUGAAUCCUUCCCCCCCUGUUUUGUCUUCUUCAUCCCUUUCUGUAUUUCUCUCAGCCUCCUUUCAUUGGCAGGCUGGUGUUGCCUUCAUCUUAUGUGCGUGUGGUUGUUUUGUUUUUUUCACACAAAGUGCACUGUAAUCUAACAAAUUAUGUUUUCAUAUUAUCUUUUAAGUUUCCAGCAUCUUCGAUUUGAUCACUUUAAUCAAACAUUUGUUUCUUGUGUUGUUGUUGUUGUUUAAUUUUUAUUUUUUUUUGCAUGUACAUGUUGCUGCGUCAUCUGGUAUUUUUAUUUUGUAAUUUUGUUUUAUAAAAGGUUUGAAAUAUGAUAAAGGGUCUGAUCACUAUCUUACUGAAGUUAGGGACUGAAAUGGAGAGAUCCCAUCUAAUUUUAUGAUUGGUUGUUGCCAGGAUUUACCCAUGAGUCUUGACAGAUCCUAUUGGUCGAGGCAGUUAGGGUUUGAUUGACAUUGAUUUCUAAAAAGCCAAUACCAAUACUGGUACUGUUGGACUGAAGCUGCCCCUAGUUCAGAUUUCAUCAUUUAAGUUUGUCCAUUUUCAUAUGAAAAAAAUUACAAACAAAUAGUCAUUGUUUGCCCAGGAAUUUUGGGUUAUUCCUGCCAGAUAAUCAUAUCAGAGGUGGACCACACUGACUGGCCGACCAUUAUAAUUUUAAAAAAAAAAAAUAAAGUUGUCGCUUCCACACAUCAGCAAACUGAUAAUUUGGUGUAACUUUACUGUAGUUUUGUUUUAUCCUUUGUUUUGAAUGUUUUAAAGGAAUUGUUUGAGUUUUUUGAAAACUGACUUACCCGCUUUUUGAUGAAAGUUAUAUGACACGAUUGAUACCUAUGUCAUGUCUGUCCAUGUAAUAUGAAACUACUGUCAGUAUCGUCCUAGUUUAGCUUAGCUUAGCAUAAAGAUUGGAAACAGCAUGUAUGGCCCUAUCCGAAGGUAACAGUCCUGCCAGGAUCUCUACAACUACUAUAAUGCUGUAUAUCUUUAACAAAUGACAAAGUGGAUAAAAGCACCUUUUACACUGCCUCUUCAAGGCGGGAAUUUAAUGCCUGGCGAUUCUGUAUAAACGUACAAUUGCGGAGGGGGGGAGGCAGUGUUGUCUUGCCUUUGAGCCGGCAUUAGUAGUAGCAAUGGUUGAAAUGGUGUCUGUCCCAUGAAUGGGACAGUGGGCAAGAUGGGAUCAUGGGCUGCACGGUUGUGUUGUUUCGACGACAUGUUAUACGUACAACCCACCACGAGACUUAGAAAAGUAGCUGAUAGCAGUUAGCAGCUAACGCUAAAAAGAACAACAAAAAUGUCUGCUAAUUGGGAAACAAUGAGGUCUGGGACCUCCUUAGAGGGCGAGAUUAGCUGCUGUAUAACCAAAAAGGUAAAUCAUUGUUAUUGCCAUGUUGUGCCAUAAUAAAGCGCUGCCGAUGUGUUUGUUAUAUGUCACACCAGAGUCCACGGCUGUUGUGUUACACAUCAUGCCCGCCAUGCCUCUUUUUAUUCCAGGAUGCUGGCAUGCUGUCUAAAAUCACACACUGGAGCAGCAUAAUGCCGCCGUUGUUUGGCUCUUUGUAAAAAUGCAAUGGUGGUAUGAAAAAGGGAUUUCGUAGCAGCCCUAUUGCACCAUCUCUGUGUAAAAAGGGCUAAAGUCUCCGCUGGUUGCCUGGCAACCUCACAGUGAUGACAAGAUUCCACAAAGUCAAUAACCCAGCCAAGGAAUAGUCCAGCACAUUAACACCCUAAAACCACAAUAAGUCAUUUUUUUAAGUUUGUUUGUGAGCUUUAGAGGUGCUGGUAGGUCGAUGUUGCCAUACGGAUGCAGCCAGGCUAGCUGUUUCCCUAUUUCCAGUCUUUAUGCUAAGCUAAGCCAACUCACUGCUGGCUGUAGCUUUAUACUUAAAUUCAGUGGCAUCAAUCUUAUCAUUUAACUUUGCAUGAAAGCAAACUGUUCCUUUAAAGAAAUGGGUAGUCUUGGGGAACUCCUGUCACAGAGUUCAUCCCAUAGUUUUUAGGCCAUGAUGAGCUGCCACAUGUCCAGUCUGUGAGCCUGGGGCCCAGCAUGUUGAGGUUAUAAUGGAAGGUUUUGUAUUACUGUAGAACAUGUAAUGGUUGAAUAGAAACGCCUCUUCUGUUCUGUCAUGUCUCCGUAUCCUGUGGAGCUCACUGUGCUUUGCUUUUUGUUCCCAUCCUGACUCCUCCCUUUUGUCUAUUAUCUCUGAUGUUUUUUAUUCUACACAAUCUGUAAAGAGUUUCUACCAUGUCCAAGAUGUGUACAGCUGUGCUCCAGUCUUAACAGUUGUUAUGGAAGGAAUAGGGUCAGAUGUGACACAGCCUGACAAAUCUGACUGACUGAAAAAACAACAACAACUCUAUUUCCCAUAAUUUCUUGUAGUAAAAAUAUUUUUGGCAGCUGGAAAAGGGGCGCCCAUGAUGUUUCUCUCUCUUUUUCAGUCUUUCUCCGCAUUGAUCUGCUUCUCCUGCUGGGUUAUUAUUAUUAUUAUUAUUAUUGCUGCUGCUGCUGCUCUGUGGCUGUUGUAAUAAAAAUACAAAAGAUCUUCAACAGGAAAAAUAACAACUAUGAUGUGAAAUAAUUUCAAUCAAAAAUAAAUUGUCUGUGAAUAUGUUUCA